CACAGGGAUAGAUCGUGACGUCCGCCUGAUGCUCAAUCGACCACUCCCCGCCAUUGUCCGUAUAAGUACAGCGUUUAUUAUGCCUGUUUUUCUCACGUGUCUCCUCGUGAUCAGUGUCUUUACAUACAAGCCGCCGUCCUUUGGAGAGUAUAACUACCCUGUGUAUGCCCGGGCUAUAGGAUGGUGUUUUACAAUGUCUUCCCUAUUACCAGCUCUUGGUUAUUCUGUUUGGGUCAUAGUGAAAGCAGAUGGACCAUUUAGACAGCGGAUCAGACAUCUUGCACGCCACACAAUGCAGUGGGUUCCAGCCAGUGUGAAUGUCGAGGACAUCUACAGAGACUCGGAACGUUCAGCGGAAUUUACCUGGAAACAACUGUUCUGGUUUAAUCUUACAGGACGAGGUGGCAUUGUUAUAAAGGACUGUGGGGACUCUGUACCAAUGUUGUAGGUGAUGUACGGGUAUAAUGUGCUAAUUAACAUCUAAAUUCCAAGUAACGUCACUAAUUUCAACGUCGGAGCAUUAAAAUUAUGGAAAAACAAUGAGAUGAUAUACGCAUAUAAACACAUACACCUUUUAUUUUUGAAUGAGUCGAUGAUAUGAAAGGCUGUUCACUUUCAUCAAAGUAAUGUGGAUCACUGUACAGUGGAACAAUCACCUUGGAUGGAUUAGAGAGUUUGAGGUAGCAUGAAUGGGUACAUGCAGAGGUAAAUUCAAAACAAAUUUUCAAUCGGAUACAGAAUGCAAAUGACAUAUUCAACUGAUCCAUUUAAACAUUUCUGUCAUAGAAACCGAGCCAAUAUAAGGAGAUGAAGCCUCAUCCAUGGCAGAUUACGUACAAAAUUCACGACAGCACAUGCUCAGCAAUUUAAUAGUUUUAUUCUUUUGUGCAAUGCCAUUUAAAAUUCGUAUUCUCUAUCAUCGAUUAAACGAAAUACACGACACGA